AUGUGGAGAUCAUCGCUCAACACUGUUCUCUGUACAACAAUUCUCCUACUGACUACAACCACUACUACUAGUGAUGCGAACCGGCAACAGAAACCGGCCGCGGAUUCCGUGCGGGGAGCAAGCCAAGGAAAGUCGCCGGCCCCGGUCAUUCUCGCCCACCGCCCCAUGGAUAGCUGGGCCGUAACAGUUGGAGGCGAGUCUGGGAACAUUGAAUACCUGGCGCGAAAACACGGGCUGACAAACCGCGGACAGAUCGGAAACCUCAAGGGAGUGUAUCUCUUCACGGCUGCAGAUAGCGUCCCUGUUAGCGAACUUUCAGCAGCUAAAACGGCAGCAUUGGGCGAGGACCAGUUGGUGGUGUUUGCUGAAAAGCAGCGAGUCCAAGUGAGAGAGAGGAGAUCAGGUUAUGUGCAACCGCAAGACCCCGGCUGGAAGAAACAGUGGUAUCUGGCUAACUCAGUGGGAUCUCCCCGUCAGCUAGACCUGAAUGUUGAGCCUGUGUGGAUGCAGGGGAUUAAUGGGAGCGGUGUGGUUGUGGGCGUUGUGGACGAUGGCUUAGAAUGGACACACACAGAUCUCAUAGACAACUAUGAUUCUAGUGCAAGUUAUGAUUUCGUUUGGGACGAUGGGGACCCCUCUCCUGACGGGAACAGCGAGGAACCAAACAGCCAUGGAACUAGUUGUGCCGGCGAGAUUGCCAUGAGCAGGGAUUGCUCUUGUGGAGUGGGUGUGGCUUACGGCUGCAGCAUUGGAGGGCUCAAGAUAGAUUUCAACCUCAUCACUGAUGCCAUGGAGUCUAAUGCUCUCGGACACGAGAACUCCUACGUUGACAUCUACAGCAGUAGUUGGGGUCCGUCUGACUAUGGGUUCUCGGUAGAGGGACCAGGAACACUGUUGCAGCAGACACUUGCCACUGGUGUUAGAGAGGGUCGAAGCGGGAAGGGAAGUAUCUACGUGUGGGCAGCUGGAAAUGGAGGAAAGUACUUUGACUCCUGCGCAGCCGACGGAUAUGUCAGCAGUAUCUACACAAUUGCUGUUGGAUCUGCUGACCAGAACGGACGUCCAGCUGAUUACGAUGAGGCAUGCGCUGCCAAAAUGGCCGUCACAUUCAGCUACAACUCUGCGACUUUCCCACCGAGUGGAGAAUCUCCUGAUCUGACGUGGAGAGAUGUCCAGUAUCUGAUAGUCUACACCUCUAACAUUGACAUACUGACUGUGGACGACUUGGCCACCAAUGGAGCUGGUCUCAAAUUCAGCCACCACCUUGGAUUUGGAGCCAUUGAUGCCGAGGCACUGGUGACCAGAGCCAGACACUGGACCAAUGUUCCUGAGCAGCAAACUAUCCAAACACUAUAUCAUCACCAAGACAAAGUAGGUUGA